AUGCAGCUGACUCUGUUUCUUGUUAAUAUCUGGCAAAUCCCAUGUGCCCUCACCCCGAACUUUGGUACCAUUGUGGUCUGUCGAGCACUCGGUGGUCUCAGCUCUGCGGGUGGUUCAAUAACGCUCGGAAUGACUGCAGAUAUAAAGGAGCCCGAUGAUCAGGGGUUCGCAGUCGCUUACGUGGUUCUGUCUUCCGCCGGUGGAACCACGAUCGGGCCUAUCUUUGGUGGCAUGAUUCAGCAGUGGCUUUCAUGGCGAUGGAAUGUUUGGAUUCAACUUAUCUUCAGCGUCGUGACUCAGAUCGCCCACUUCUUCCGCGUCUCGGAGACCCGCGCGACUGUCCUGAUUGACCGCGAGGCUAAGCGACGCCAAAAGACAGGCGAAGAUCCAAAUAUUUCUGGCCCGAAUGAAAUCAAGAAGCCACGCUUGAGCACCAAAGAAGUGCUUUCUGUCUGGUGCCGGCCAUUUGAGAUGUUUCUUCGCAAGCCGAUCGUUCUGUGCCUCUCUCUCUCCUGUCCGGGGUCUUAG